UCCGAGGUGGCACUGUGUGGACGGGAGUCAGCCGGCGAACCAGCAACAGCCAGAGAGAGAGAGAGUGUGUGUGUGUGAGUGUGUGAGAGGGUGUGAGGUCCAGAGUCUGUGCUUGUGUUUGUGUGUGUGUGAUUGUGUGUCACACACACACACACAGAGAGAGGCAGCCGGUGCAGUGUUUUAAAGUGAACGAUACAUCCUGGAUCGUACCACUAACAGGGACUCACCCUUUGGACUAUCCCGAUGCUUCCUCCGUCUCUGAAGGGAACACCUGUGUGUGUGUGCGUGGCUGUGUGUGUGUUUGUUUGUGUGUGAGCGAGCCAAGACAAACGGACUUAGCCCCGGUGGACGGGGCGGGUGGAUGACUUCAGUGGAUGUGGGUUUGGCUGGUGGAAACAGGGGGACCGCUGCUGACCAUGGACUCCCCUCACUAGUAAACGGGGGUGGUGAGGAGGAGCCGGGUUGUCCGGUCACCAUGUGCACGCGGGCCUAUCCUGACCCCGUCCCCGAGUGCCAGCUGUUCCCGGGAGAGGUGGAAGAGCAAGAGGAAGAGGUGGCAGACGACGGCAGGGAGAGGGAAUCAGACAGAGACAGCGCUGUGGAAAGCACCCAAGGGUCGGACACCUCCGACGGCCUCAUUAGUCGACCAGAUCUGUUUUUCCCCGGAGAGAAGUGUGGUCAGACCAGCAUCUCAGUGACUUCUGACCUAUCGACACGUUCUUCAGCUUCUCUGAACGAGGAGCAGUUUGAGGACUACGGAGAAGGGGAGGAACCGGACUACACUCCCAGCAGCCCCUGCCCGGACGACGAAACUCGUACCAACGGAUACUCAGACCUCGGCUCAUCUGUUCCCUCGAGUGCAGGCCAGACUCCUCGUAAGGUGCGUCAGCAUUACACCGGUGAACUGAUGGAUGUCUACUGUUCUCAGUGCAGCAAGAAGGUCAACCUGCUGAACGACCUGGAGGCUCGCCUCAAAAACCUCAAGCCCAACAGCCCCAACAGGAAAAUCUCCAGCACUGCUUUUGGAAGGCAGCUGCUUCACAACAGCAACUUGAGCAGCAGCAACGGCAGCACAGAAGACCUUUUCAGAGACAGCAUCGACUCCUGCGACAUCGACAUCAAUGAGAAGGUGAGCUCUCUGGAGAAGAAGGUGGCAGAACUGGAGAAUGAGAUUCUGAUCAACGGUGAUCUCAAGUCCAGGCUGAAGCAGGAGAACACACAACUGGUGCACAGGGUCAAUGAACUGGAGGAGCAGCUGAAAGACCAGGAGACGCGAGCAGAACAAAUUCUGCAGGACGAGCUGAGACGACACCGAGAGGCCUACAGCAAGAUGGAGAGAGACAAGAACACACAGAUAGAGCUGCUGAGCAACCGCGUUAAACAGCUGGAGGAGGAGAACGGUGACAUCGCUGCCAACAUGGGUCGACUCAAAUCACAGACAGAGAAACUGGACGAGGAGAAACAAAGGAUGACAGACAAGCUGGAGGACACGAGUUUGCGCCUGAAGGAUGAGAUGGACCUGUACAGGAAGAUGAUGGACAAACUGAGACAGAACAGACAGCAGUACCAGAAAGAAAAGGACGCCAUGCAGGAGCUGAUAGAGGACCUGCGUCGAGAGCUGGAGCAUUUGCAGCUCUUCAAGCUGGAGACGGAGAGGCCCGGUCGCAGCCGCAGCUCCUCCUCCGGGCUGGCCGACUUCAACAACAGGACCAGGGAGGUGGAGCUGGAGCACGAGGUCAAGAGGCUCAAGCAGCGAUUUGCGUCCCAGGACUUUCUUCCCCCUGAAUUCCAGCACCUGGUGUUAUCCGGGGCUCGGCUCUGUCCCGGUCUGAUGGAGAACCAGAAGCUGAGGGAGCAGAACGACGAGCUCAACGGUCAGAUCCUCAGCCUCAGCCUGUACGAAGCCAAGAACCUGUUCGCCACGCAGACCAAGGCCCAGUCUCUCGCUGCCGAGAUAGACAACGCCUCCAGAGACCAGUUAAUGGAAGCACUGAAGGAGCAGGAGGAAAUCAACCUACGCCUGCGACAGUACAUGGACAAAAUCAUCCUGUCCAUCCUGGACCACAACCCCUCCAUCCUGGAGAUCAAGAACUAGCAGCGACUCAACUGGAAUGAGAACCCCCUCCCUCUCCAUGUGUGUGUGUCGGGAGAACGAGGAUCAUUCCAGUUGUUGGGAAUCUGUAGAGAAUAGCAGAGAGAGCCGGAGUCAGUCUGAACGACUGGGACAUUUUAAAUAGACGCACAUCGCCCCCUGCUGUUUGUGGCGAGGAAAGAACUUCUUGAUUGUUUUUUCAGUGACUGUAGGUCAACUCGAUCUACCUUUGUCUGUUUUUAUUCGCUGUGAACUGGAGCCGCCGUCGCAACUUUUGAACUGGUGAUUUCUUCCCCGGAGGAUCGAUGUCGUACACUGGACAUAGAAACUGGAACACUGUAACAGACCUGACAUGGGUUCUACUGUCUCCUGGUGAUAUUAGCUGUGUUAUCCACAGACAGACAAAAGGUGGCAGCCCGACUCUUUUAGAGGAAUGAAGGCAGACCAGUCAACUGUUGCCUGAUCCGUAAACUGCCCAUCUUCAUCUCCUCUGUCACAUCGGUGUUCUCUGAAGAAUGCAUGUUAAUGAUGUAUCAGGACAGGCACGUUUAGGAGAAGAUAGAGGGAAAAGUGGCAAGUCGUCAGAGAUAGAUGAGAACUCUCUGUAUCUACGAGGGAGGCAGAAGGAAAGUGAAGCAUCUCCACCCUGAAGAGGUGUGGAGUCAGACGAUGGAGGGUUUUAGUGAAGUCGUUGAUGGCUUAAUGAAGGUGAAGGUCUUUGUUUUUUUGUGGAGAACAUGUCUUCCAGUAACCUUGCAACAGCACUUGCAGUGUCAAUCAGUCCAAUAGUGAAUACUUUCACUGAGAAGUGGCCCUUAGUCGGUUCAGGCGAGUAGUCGAGCGUCACUUUAUGGAGCAGAAGCUGCAACCGAGGAGUGUCUUUAAACUGUGACUUCCAUGGCUGCUCUUUGUCAGCAACAUUGCAUUGUUGCAAGCAAUAGACCCCCAAUGAUGUUGCACAGAAAUGUAAGGCUAUGAAUGUACAGGGUGUGUGCGUUGGAGUGACUGGUAGCCAUUGUAACGUGGUUUACUGAAUCAUCUCUCUAUGCUCAGUGAAAUCAUCUCAGAUAAUGUACGUGAGCGUUUGGUACGACAGACUGGAUCGGCAAUCUCGUCGAAGCCUUUAGGUGGCAGAUUGUUUUGCUAGCCCUCUGAAACUCUCUAAUACUGUAAAUAUCAUGAAUGUACAACUGGAUAUUUCACUUUCCGUGUGGCCAGAAAGGCUUUUUUUGACUUUAAAUCGCUGUAAUUUGGUUUAAAGAUUUGUUGUAAUACACAUGUACAGUAUUCAGUACUGUAAUGAAGAGGGCAUUGCUUGGAGACGGGAUUACAAUCUGCUGUAUUAUGUAAUUAUUCUAAACUUGAGUUUUGCUUCCUUGCACACAAAAAGAAAACAGUUUGUUUCCUUUUGCAUGGUUCACCUUUUUCUUCUGUCUGUGCCUUUCUGAGGACAUUUUCCGAGACGCGAUAGAUUUACACGGUUUUUGAAGCUACGUUUCACGUCCACGUCUGACACAUUUUCUCGACUUGUAAAUGUUGUAAUUAUAUAGUGAUAAUUUGUAUUCAUGUGCCACUCACCACUCUUUUUCAGAUUGAUACUAUGAAAACUAUUUUCUACAGUUUUAUCAAGAAAGAACUCGCGGUUGCUUCGGUGUCUCUUAGAGCAGCGGUAUAUAGCACAAUGUUUUGUAUGGUACGCAGGCAUUCUGGGAAUACUUUGUCUGUUUUUUAAUGAUGUUUUGUUGCAUUUCUUUUUGUGUGUCUGUCUCGGUGAGUCCAUCGCUUUUUAAUUGGCUUUUUAUAUGGUUGCAAACUGUCUUCCUAACUUAAACUAAAUGGUGAGCAUUAUGAGCAAUAUUAACUUAUUUACCCGUACCGGCUGAUUUGUGUCUCUUUUCACUCUAGAGCUGCUCGUUGCCAUUCUUGAUUUUAUUAUUUUUUUUUUUUUAACUGAACAGUACAUUUAAGCUGUAAAAUUUGUCACACACUUCAUUUCUUGUAGCUCUUACAUUUUGACUUUUUAGGGCUAUCCAAUGCGAUGUAGUCACUAUGAAUAGCAAUAAAAAUGGCUUUGGCAGUGCC